GGAGGAUCAGAAGUAUGUCUAAACUUGCAGAGAUAUGAUGCUCUGCAGAGUAUUUCUAUACAUUUAAGCAAACCAUAAUUAGACAGUGACUUUGAAUUUCAUCUUCUCUCUUCACGAGUUUUCUUCUUCUCUUUCCUGUUUAUCACCUAGCUGGAAUCUCUCUUGUUUCUUUCCUUCACUUGGUAAAUAGUUUGUUACACUCUAAAUAGUUCCAAAGUUUUAUUUUGUACCUCCAGGCAGCCUAGCUUGUUAUAUAUACAAAGAGACCAGUGGUAUUUUAGUUUUUCUCAGCUAGCUAGCCAAAUGUUUCAUUCUGUCAAAAUGACUUCUCACUCUAAUUCUUUAUCUGAAGAAGCUAGCUGUGUCUCUUCUUUUGGUAGCUUAAAGCCACUUGUCUCAAAUCUCUCUCCUGUUGAUCAUCAACAAACACAGCACAAAAUCAAGAGAAAGAGAAACCUCCCUGGAAAUCCAGAUCCUGAUGCAGAAGUGAUUGCAUUGUCUCCAAAGACACUGAUGACAACAAACAGAUUUGUGUGUGAGAUAUGCAACAAAGGGUUUCAGAGGGAUCAGAAUCUGCAGCUUCACAGGAGAGGUCAUAAUCUACCAUGGAAACUGAAGCAGAGAAACAGUAAAGAUGUGAUCAAGAAGAAAGCCUAUGUGUGCCCUGAGCCCUCUUGUGUGCAUCACCAUCCUUCAAGAGCCCUUGGUGAUCUCACUGGCAUCAAGAAACACUUUUGUAGAAAACAUGGGGAGAAGAAAUGGAAGUGUGAGAAGUGUUCUAAGAUCUAUGCUGUUCAAUCAGAUUGGAAGGCUCACACUAAAACUUGUGGAACUAGAGAGUAUAGAUGUGACUGUGGGACCCUCUUCUCCAGGAAGGAUAGCUUUGUUACACACAGGGCAUUCUGUGAUGCUCUUGCAGAGGAAAGUGCCAGGCUCUGUGCAGCCAAUGUCCCCAUACUCAUGUCACCAUCAUCUGCUACUAAUAACACUCAUUACCAAUUUCCCCUCCUGUCUGUCCCUGAUUUCUUGAACCAACACCAAGAUCAUCAUCUGAAUCAGCUGCCACAAAACCCACCAAUCCAUAUCUCCUUCAACCCCUGGGACCCACCUCCCCCAAGCCCUGCUCUCAACAUCAAAGCUGAGACCAACCAUGAUCUUCAGGCUGUGAAUGCUUCUUCACCAUUGUUGUUCUACCAAGAUGCUCCUAGCUUCAUGCCUUCAUCUUUAAGGCAACCAACACCUUCCUCGGCACACCUCUCGGCUACUGCAUUGCUCCAGAAGGCGGCCACGGUGGGGACGCAUGCCGCGGGGCAGGCGCCCUCCACCAUGGCCAACAUUGGUGGUGGGGUCCAUGUGAGUGCCAGCAUGGCACCGGAGUACCUUGGGAGCUACGCUGCCAUGCAGCAGCAGAAGAGUGAAGGUUUGACCAGAGAUUUUCUCGGGUUGACUGGAGGGGAGAGGGGUGAUCACAGAGGCAAUGUGGACGUGAAUGUUAACGUUAACGUCAACUUGAGGAGCCUGCUAUCGUACACAGGGGGUGUUGAGUUCCCGGUGUAUGACCGUGACCAUUCGCUCAUCAGGACCCGGGUCGGGUUUGGAUCCGACCCGCAUGGUUCUGACACUUGGGGCAACUGUUAAAGCAAUGUGAGAGCGAGGCAGAUCAGACGUGAUCAACUGAGAAGCUAUAUUUUUUGUUGUCUUUUGAUUCUCAAACUUUGAUUUGAGUCAGAACUAAUGCCACUCUAGCCUCUAUGGGUUUGGAUAAUAUUAUUUUGCACAAUUUAGGUUGAUGUUCAGAA